GCGCCCCAUUGUGGUCGCCUCCCAUUUUAGAACCCGGCGCGGAUGAGGCUCUCCCCACGGAAGGCAGGAGGGUCGGGCGGGAUCCCAACCCGGGCUACCUGGGGAGCGCCCCUAUCCCCCAUGAACAACCAGGCACGGGCCCCAGCCCCUUCCCCGGUCCGGGCCUCGACUCCGGCCCGGGCCUCGACUCCGGCCGGGGGUUCGACUCCGGCCCGGGGUUCCACCCCGCCCAGGACCUCCAUCCAGGUUCGGACUCCGGCUCUGGUCCCGGCCUUGGACCCGAUCCAGACCCCGACUCGGGUCCGGACGCCAACUCCCAUCCGAACCCCAAUUCCUGUCCGGACCCCAACUCCUGUCCGGAUCCCGUCACCGGUCCGGGCCCCUACACCGGUCCGGACCCCAACACCGGUCCGGUCCCCGACUUCGGUCCGGGUCCCGACCCCCGCCCGGAUCCCAGCCCCGACCCCAUCUCGGGUCCUGGUUUCUGCCUUGGAAUCCCUCCCGAACUCGGCCCUACCUUCGGGUCCGCCCCCGGAACCUGAACCCAAGCUCCCGCUGUCACCUGAACCCAAGCUCCCGUUGUCACCUGAUAAGGGUCCUGCGCCAACCCUGAGGGUGAAGCACGUCCCAUCCCCAUCGGUCGCCAAUGGAUUUGGUCCCAUCCAAGAGCCCCUUCCUGCCCUUACUCCACUGGCCACCGAUUUACUGGGCCCCCCCCUCGGGUCCACUCCGGAGGCAGACCUAUCUGCCACCAAGCUGACAGAUUUCUCUCCUGGACACAUCCCGGGGACGCCCCUCCUGGGGGCCAUCCCCUCGUUAGCUGUCGCGUUACCGAUUUCUACCAACGCAUUCGCCUCCACCAGCGAGAACAUCCAAGUGGACAACAAGAUCAUGAUUCGAGUUGUUUACUGUGGCCUCUGAAGCUAUGGUCUUCGGUACAUCCUACUGAAAAAGAGUCUGGAGCAGCAAUUUCCAAACUGUCUACUCUUUGAGGAGGACAUAUCUGCCCAGGCUACAGGGGAGUUUGAAGUGUUUGUGGAUGGGAAACUGAUCCAUUCAAAGAAGAAAGGUGACGGCUUUGUGGAUGAGACCAAGCUGCAGAAAAUUGUAAACCUUAUCAAUGAGGAGAUCAAGAAAAGGUAGCAGGCAACUGGUGAGCUGGAGGAGCUUCAGCAGGAUGGUGAGAAGGGCUGAAAUGUCGCCAAGUCAGGUCCUUUUCUGAUGGUGGCUGGGGCUGGGACGAGGUUGAGGAGGGAACUACAUACAGAGUCUGCCUCCCUGUGUUCUGGUCUGACUGUGUCUGCUGUCGCCACACUCACUCCUGACGUCUGUGGAAGCUGCCUGCUACCUGUUACCGUGCUCCCAGCAUCUCCUGGACCCCGGGCGGGAGAGGGGAGGCCAGCUCUGAACAGAAGGCUAGUCCUGCUGCUCCGCAGCUUUGCUCCUGAUGGUCUAGCCUCUACUCCUCAUGCUGUCGAGGUCAAUUUCUUUCUUUUGUGGCAUCUUCAUUUCCCAUGCCCUGGUUUGGAAUUUGAAAACUUCCCAACUCAUUGGCAUAUUUAGGGGUUGAGACGGAAAUAGGAAUUGUAGCAAGCCUCAGACCCUUGACAUCCCAAACUUCACUACAUGUCGGAGUUCACUUUCUAAACCCACAGGUCUUAGAAUCUCAGUGCUGGGAGGGGUCUCGAUGACCUGGGAGAGGGCUGUUUGUGCAUUUAGUGGACAGCGAUGAGCCUCUUACCCUACAUCUGGCUCUGUGGGGUCACUAGGCACACGCCAGAAUGUCCAGUGUCAGGUGAGGGAGUCAGGCCUUUACCACGGAGUCGCUGUGUGACCGCCAACAAGGGACACCACCUCUCGGAGUCUCAGUUUCCCCCUCUAUAAAAUGAGUGUCAUCAUUACUGCUUAAUUGUGAAAUUUCCAAAGUCUGGCACAGAGUACAUAGGUUUCCAUUAGAAGUAGACUUCAGUUAGGAGUGCUCGUGCCUGCGAGUAAAGCAAGCUGGACUGCCAGUGGCUCGCACAACUGAAAAAACAAUUGUUUUGCUCGUGAAUUGGUGGGAGGGGGCUGGGGGUCAGCCAGCUGUCCGACAAUGCCAUAGGAGACCCAGAGUUCUCCUACAUUUCUUUCCCACCAUCAUUCAUGUGUGAUGAUGCAUUGGCUUGAGGACUCAUGCAUAUUGUUUCAUCGUGGUGCCUCUACCCAGUAUGUCUGUAUUCCAGGCGGAAGAGGGUAGAAGGCAAGGACAUGCUUGCGGUGUCACUUUAUUAGGAAAGAAAAACUCUCCCAGAUACGCCAGCCAGUCUAAUGUUGUGACUCCAAGACAGACCUCUGCCUCCUGCCCACCCACCCGCAGCCCAGCCUCCCUCCUCCCCUCCCUCCCCUCCCCUCCAGCUCACUAGCUGUCUGCUACCUUUUCCUGACCUCAUUGAUAAUGUGUACAGUUUUCUGCAGCCUAGCUUCAUCCACAAAGCCAUCUGGAUCAUGAGACAGGGAAUGAUUCAAUCGAGAUUGAGUAGGGAUAGGAGGCAGCAGAUGAGGGCACUGUCAAGCCCAAAUCCUAACAAAUACACUAGCACUGGGAGUGUGUGAGUGAGUGAGUCUAAGGGUUUGACUCUAGAUUUCUUCGUCAUAAGGUAAAUAUAAGAAAUCAUAAUAAGGUAAUACAUACUUUAAUAAAGAUUUUUAUUGUAAGCAGAAUUCUAAGGUGACCCUCAAAGACCCGCACCUUCGUGUAAUCCCCAUCCCUUGAGUGUGGGUGGGACAUGUGAAUAUGAUGGGACAUGUAUCACUCCCUUGACUAUGUCGCAUUAUACGGCAAAAAGAAUUUUGCCCUGAGUUUGAGUUAAUCAAAUGGAAGAUUAUCCCGAGUGGGCCUAAUCAGGCAAGCCCUUCAAAGAGACAAGACGCGUCGGAAGAAAGUCUCCUGCUGGCUUUGAAGAAGUUGUGAGAAGUUGUGUCUAGUUGUGAGAAGGCCACUUGGCUGGUGCCUGAGGAUGACAUCUGGAUGUUGAGAGUGACCUCUGGCUGACGGCCAGCAAGAAAGUGGGGAUCUCAGUCCUACAACUGCAGGGGACUGAAUUCUGCCCACAGUAGGAAUAAGCUUGGAAGCCUCAAGUGAGGCUGGAGUCCUGGCCAGCCUUGUGAUUUCAGCCUGGUGAGACCCUGAGCAGAGACCCAGCUAACCCAUGUCUGGAUUCCCGACCAUGGAAAUUAUGAGAUUUAGUAAUUAUGAGAUUUAAUAUAAUACAUUUAUGUUGUU